AUGGCGGUGCAGAAUGAUGGUGGGGGAAAAGAUGAAUUAAAAACACAGUUUAUUACUAGAGAAGGAACUUAUAGACUUCUAACAAAUUCAGACUAUUUAAGGCCAAAUCGUGUAGGAUAUACAAAUAAUCAAGGAAAUUCUUCGGUCCGAAUUUCUUUCGUGACUUUACCAGAUCCGAGCGGCAAUGUUGACAAUAUUUGCUUCAACAUUGGCAGAGAACUUUAUGUUUAUGUAUAUAAAGGCGUUAAGAAGGUAAUGCCUAAACAUUUCUUAUACCCAACGGCAGAUCUUCCAAAGCCUGUUGAAAAAAAAAUGUAUAAAGGUAUUAAUCCUACCUGCCAUGACUUCAAUGCAAUAAAUGCCACAGCUGAUAGUGCCUCACUUCUAGUUGGAUUUUCAACUGGCCAAAUUCAACUAAUUGAUCCUAUAAAAAAAGAACUGAGCAAACUAUAUAAUGAAGAGAGAUUAAUAGACAAAACAAAAGUGACCUGCAUUAAAUGGGUGCCUGGAUCACAAAAUCUAUUUGUUGUUUCUCAUAGCAGCGGUCAACUCUAUCUUUACAAUGAAGAGUUACCUUGUGGUAUAACUCCGCCUCAUUACCAGCCGUUUAAAAACGGUGAAGGAUUCACGGUGCACACGUGCAAAACGAAAAGCACUCGAAACCCUUUAUACAGAUGGGUAAUCGGGUCGGACGGAUGUUGUAUAAAUGAAUUUGCCUUUUCUCCGUGUGGAGUACAUUUAGCUAUAGUGUCACAAGAUGGAUUUCUGCGGGUUUUCCAAUACGAUAAAAUGGAAUUGGAAGGUAUUGCCAGGAGUUAUUUCGGGGGGUUUUUAUGUGUUUGCUGGUCUCCGGAUGGUAGGUAUGUCGUAGUGGGAGGGGAGGACGAUUUGGUAACCGUUUGGAGCUUCCACGAAAGGAGGGUCGUGGCUCGAGGUCAAGGACAUCGGAGUUGGGUAAGCGUCGUCGCUUUUGAUCCCUACACGACGUCGUACGGAGAGAAAGACACGGUUGAUUUUAGCGGAGGAUCCGACGACGAAUCGCAAUCCCAAGUUUAUCAUAAUCAUAUUGGUAGUUGUAACUUUUCCACUGGAAAUACUCGUAACCGUAAUUCCUCAAAUUCCGAAGUUAAUCGAAUAAGUGCUGCUACUUGUUACCGUCUCGGUUCCGUGGGGCAAGACACUCAAUUGUGUUUUUGGGACAUCACCGAAGAUGUUCUUAGGCAACCGGUUUGCUCAAAACAAAGAACUAGUAUAUUUUCAUCGUGUGCGGGCGAUCCAGGAAUAAUAAGUGGAAACGGUUCAGCGUCGAAGCUUAACGUCAGUUCCUCGGUAAAGUGCAAUAACGUGUCAUCCCAUAAAGAACCCAACGCGGACGUACCAGUUUUUAAUCAUUCAAAUACAUCAAUUACCCAAAGGUUAGCCGGUUUCGGUUUCGGCGACAGAAAAGAAAGUACUUCGUUACAUAAAAGAAACUUGAGUCAAAUAUCUAAAAAUGCUUGCGCGAUCGGUGAUAAAAAUAGUUGGAAAGGAGGGGUGUCAUCGAAUAAAAGUUGCUACGACGAUCCGAUUAAGCUCAUUGGAACGAAUGCGUGUCCAAGAUUUGACGAAUGUCCCGUUCUGGAGCCUCUCAUAUGUAAAAAAAUCGCACACGAGAGGUUGUCUGCUCUCGUGUUUAGGGAAGACUGUUUCGUAACAGCUUGUCAAGAUGGCUACGUCUACACUUGGGCUAGGCCCGGUAAAAUGGUAAAUUUUUUUAUUUAA